AGAGAAGAGUGAAUAGAAGGGAAGGUACGAUGGGGGCCAGGCAGUCAAGGGCCAGCUCCAAGGAUAAGGGCCCCAAGAGGAUACUGUUCACGGGGAGGAGACAGAAGUUUUCCCCGUGGGACGAUGCCCUGCUCCCGGGAAGGGACCCGCGGUCUCUGCUGAAGCGAGGCAUGCACCACGUCAGCUUCAGCCUGGUCACCAGAGGAAUGACAGACAUCCCCGACUUUCUGUGGGGCUUGUCCGAGGUCCAGAAACUCAAUCUGUCUCACAACCAGCUCCGGGUUCUCCCUCCCGAGGUGGGGAAACUGACCCGGAUCGUGGUCCUGAACUUGUGCGGGAACCGCCUGAAGAGCCUGCCCAGAGAAGUGAGCCUCCUGCAAGGCCUCAGGGUCCUGUUUGUCAACAUGAACUGCCUGACCGAGGUGCCGGCCGAGCUGAGCUUGUGCCGAAAGCUGGAGGUCCUGAGCUUGUCGCACAACUGCCUGUCCCAGCUCCCUGCGUGCUUCGCUGACCUCUCCAGACUGAGGAAGCUGAACCUCAGCAACAACCUCUUCGCGCACAUCCCCAUGUGUGUGUUCUCCCUGAAGGAACUGAUUUUCUUGCACGUGGGCUCGAAUCGCCUGGAAAACAUCGCUGAGAGCAUCCAGCACCUGACCAGCCUUCAGAUCUUCAUCGCAGAGGCCAACAAUAUCCACUCCUUCCCGAGGUCGCUUUGCCUGGUCACCAGCCUGGAGCUGCUGAACCUCAACAACAACGACAUCCAGACCCUCCCGAGCGAACUCCACCUGCUGUGUAGACUGGUGAGGAUCGCCUGGAAUCCCAUGGACAAAGGGCUCCACAUUUCCCACAACCCUUUAUCCAAGCCUCUGCCGGAGCUGGUGGAGGGGGGCCUGGAGAUGCUCUUCGGCUACCUGAAGGACAAAAAACACACAUGACGUGGGUCCUGGAGGCCUGGAUGGGAGGCAGCUCACCU